UAAUUUUAAAAGUGUUGGAGAAAUACAGAUUUUUUCAGCCAAUAAAUUUAAAACGGAAAUUCAUACUAAUUAAAUGGAACUGAAGAGAGGUGUAAUUGGAAGCAUUUUUUUCUUUGCAUUAAUAGCGCCGAUUUUUGGUCAGCUGUUCUAUCCGAGGCAUAAAAUAAACAAAAAAUAUCACUUCUUUACUUUGUCAAAGGCAAAUUGGUACAAAUCAUUCAUUCACUGCCGCUCACUUGAGAUGAAUUUGGUAAGUAUUUCAUCGAAAGCAGAACAAGAUCGAAUCGUACAACAAAUUAGAGACGAAGGUCAUGAAGAAAGUAAACUUUGGACAUCGGGAACAAAAUUGAGCGACAAUAUUACGUGGGAAUGGAUGGGAAACGGUAAACGGGUCACAUUUACCAAUUGGGCUUCUGGUCAACCAGGGAGUUCGGGCAACACUGACGAGAAAUGUAUCCAGAUUUUUAACAAAAAUCGAGAUCAUGCAUCCAUUUUAUUUGCGAACAAGAUUUAAUUGAAUAUGAAUAUUGCACAAAUUAAAAGAGACAAACUCAU